AUGUCACCUCAGAGAAUUGUGCGUGUGUCCCUGGAGCAUCCUACCAGCGCCGUGUGUGUAGCUGGCGUGGAAACCCUCGUGGAUGUUUAUGGGUUGGUACCUGAGGGCACAGAGACUUUCGAGGUCUAUGGGACACCAGGUGUGGACAUCUACAUCUCUCCAUCCACGAAGAGGAACCGGGAGCGUGCAGAGGCCAGGCGGUGGCACUUCCGUGCAGGGACAGAGAUCAUCGUGAUAAUGAACUCCCCCAGCAAUGAUCUCAAUGACAGUCAUGUUCAGAUUUCCUAUCAUUCCAGCCAUAAGCCCUUGCCCCUGGCCUACGCGGUGCUCUACCUCACGUGCAUCGAUAUCUCUCUGGAUUGUGACCUGAACUGUGAGGGCAGAGGAGACAGGAACUUUUUGGACAAGCGACAAUGGGUCUGGGGACCCAGUGGGCAUGGAGCUGUCUUGCUGGUGAACUGUGACCGGGAUGAUCCGAGCUAUGGCAAACGGGAUAACUCUGACCAGAAAAUUCGCUGCCUACAAGACCUGGAAGAUAUGUCCAUCAUGGUCCUACGGACUCAGGGACCUGCUGCCCUCUUUGAUGACCACAAAUUUGUCCUCCACACCUCCAGCUAUGAUGCCCAGCGGGCACGCGUCUUCCAUGCCUGUGGUCCUGAGGACGAAUGUGAAAACUACCACCACGUGCUGGGACAGGACAAAGUGUCAUAUGUGGUGCCCCACUUCCAUGAGGACGAGGAACGCUUCUUAGUGGAAGGUCUCAGCUUCCCUGAUUCUGGCUUCUCUGGGCUCAUCUCCUUCCAUGUCACCCUGCUGGACAACUCCAAUGAGGAUUUCUCUGAGACCCCAAUCUUCACUGACACUGUGGUGUUCCGAGUGGCACCCUGGAUAAUGACACCCAGUACCCUGCCGCCACUGGAGGUGUACGUGUGCCGUGUGAGGAACAACACGUGUUUUGUGAAAGCAGUGGCGGAGCUGGCUGAGAAGGCCGGUUGCAAGCUGACCAUCUGUCCACAGGAUGAGAACAGAAAUGACCGCUGGAUUCAGGACGAGAUGGAGCUGGGCUACAUUCAGGCACCACACAAGACCUUUCCAGUGGUCUUUGACUCCCCGAGGAAUGGGGAACUGCAGGACUUCCCUUACAAACGAAUCUUGGGUCCAGAUUUCGGCUAUGUGACUCGGGAACCACGAGACAAGUCUGUGAGUGGUCUGGACUCUUUUGGGAACCUGGAAGUCAGCCCCCCAGUGGUGGCAAAUGGAAAAGAAUACCCUUUGGGGAGGAUCCUCAUUGGGGGCAACCUGCCUGGGUCGAUCGGCCGCAGGGUCACCCAGGUGGUACGGGACUUUCUCCAUGCCCAGAGGGUGCAGCCACCUGUGGAGCUCUUUGUGGACUGGUUAUCCGUGGGCCACGUGGAUGAGUUUCUGAGCUUCGUCCCUGCCCCUGAUGGGAAGGGCUUCCGGUUGCUGCUGGCCAGCCCCGACGCCUGUUUCAGACUCUUCCAGGAAAAGCAGAAGUGGGGCCAUGGAAAGGCGCUCCUAUUCGAAGGGGUUAUUGGUCAUGGGAAGAUCACACCCAUCUCGAUCAACCAGGUCCUCUCCAAUGGAAAACUCAUUAGCUACAAUAAAUUUGUGCAGAGCUGCAUUGACUGGAACCGAGAGGUGCUAAAGCGAGAACUGGGCCUAACUGACGGUGACAUCAUUGAUAUUCCUCAGCUGUUCAAGACAGACUCGAAAAAGGCGGCAGCCUUCUUCCCAGACCUGGUGAACAUGCUGGUGCUGGGGAAAUACCUAGGCAUCCCCAAGCCCUUCGGACCCAUCAUCAACGGCCGCUGCUGCCUGGAGGAGAAGGUGCGGUCCCUGCUGGAACCUCUGGGCCUGCACUGCACUUUCAUCGACGAUUUUACCCCAUACCACAUGCUGCAUGGGGAGGUGCACUGUGGCACCAACGUGCGCCGGAAACCCUUCCCCUUCAAGUGGUGGAAUAUGGUGCUCUGA